AUAUUCCCAUUCUCUUCGACUACAGCCUCAACUAUACUUGUCUAUUUAUUAUGGUUAUAAUUACUGACUCGUUUGUUGUUUAAUAUUCAGCAGUUCUUACAAUGUAGUGUUCCCGUUUACUGACAGCUCCGAUAUAGCUGAUGGCGAUUGCUUCUGCCUCGAGUGUAUAGAGUACAGUUUCAUUACUUGUUGCUGUUGUACCACUGUGCAACAAGUCAGUUUAGUACGCGGGGAGUCUGCUAGUUCUAGCUGUGUGUGUCGAUGUUUAUACAUGCUGAAUAUGUGGUUACGUCAUAUUUACGUCGAAAUUUUUUUAGAUUCGGGAGUCGGUCUGCGAAAUGAAUACUUGCCAGACUGACAGUAUUUCCAAUAUGGACGAUUGGUAAUUAGUACUUAAACGUUGCAUCGAUAUAUUAAGGAGUUGUAUGUAGUAACUCUGGGUGUUACUCUAUGUCGCUGCGUGAGCGACUUACACUCCAUAUUUCCAAAAAGUCAGUGACCUUACAAUUGUCAAUAUUAAAUGUUGUCUAGAAAUGUGUAAACUCGAUGGAUUAUUUAUAUUCCUUGUCUCCAGGGACACACAGAGACAACCGUCAAGAAACUCCAUGCGAAUAAUAUUAUUAAUAUUACGUUGUUUAAUAAUUGACGUCAUAUACCAUAAAGUCAACCGUCAAGAAACCGACGUUGAAUAGUCUGUCAGCGCGAGAUGUAGGAUGCCUCCAGUUAGUCAGUAUGACUGCGCGUCUUGUAGCUGUAGCUUCAUGUACAUCUACAUAGUUACAAAUAUUUCUCUACUGUUUCUACAAAUCCAAGGAACAGUAUUGUAUAAAGUUCUAUCGAAGGACAACCGUCAAGAAACUCAUUGAGCAGCGUGUGUAUGGAGUUACAUUGUUUAGUUAGUUUUUUGUAGUAUUUACGUCACGGGAAUCAUAAUAAUUACUUCUUCUUGGGUGUCCUCCACCCAUGUUCUGAUGUGUGCGUCGAUAUAUGUCGCGUGAAUUAUAUUGCAUUAUCGAUGUAUGCAACUUUAUUUCCGGAGUAUGUCCAGUUCGUCAUAUUGAUAUUCAUAAUCAAUUAAUAUAUGGAAACUAUUAUAUAAUAUACACUGUUACUAGUAUUUGUGGCACAUACCACUUAUUGUAUUAGUGUAACUUGUGCAGUUUACUUCCCCCACUAAUGUCGCCAUUGAAGUGGUGUUUCUACGUGGAAUAUGAUAUUUCUUCUGUCUUGUGUGUGCAUUGUAAUGUUUACGUAAACACACGUUAUAAAGAGGUUGAAUAGAAAUGAUAUGAAUGAACAUACAAACUAACAAUGUAUUGCUACUUCAGUAUUGUAUAUUGUAAGUUCAAUAUAUUUGUUAAUAUUCCGAGUCUCACGAUCCGAUACAAGUUCAUUAAAUAACUUCCAUGUAUUGGAUUGUUCAUGACUGUUGUGUGGCUUGUGUUGAGUACAACCGUCAAGAAACUCGUUGCGCAGUCUAUGAUGAAAAAAUCAUAUUUUUUAUUGGUUAUCGUGUCAAAGUCAAAAUCAAUGUCAAAUAGACCAGGCACGCAUUUUUGAACGUCAAAGCUAAUAUUAAAUAAAAAAAUAACGUCUGUCUGUAGUCCUCUAGUGAAGCUAUUUGCUCCUUCCAAAGUGUAGAUUCCUAUGGAGAAGAACGAGCAAGAAACUCCAUAGGUUACUCUUUCUCAAUCAGAUUUACAAUACAAUUCUUGGUCACAUUGUUUCGAUUGCUUCAACUGUGUGAGAACAAUGUAAAACAAAAUUAUUAAGGGUAAAAAUUUACCGCCAUGACACAAUACAAACAACAAUGUCCUCACAUUCUCCCCCCCUCCCCUUCAAGCUCUACGUGGAAAUUAAAUAUUUCUCACGAACUAAACAUAAUGUCCCCACUUAUAGUGGUGUUUCUUCAUGGAAUAUGUAAAUCGGUUUCGCGUUUAACUUACCGAUACAAUAUCCCAAUGUGUGUGCUUCAAUCACGUGAAUUAUAUUGUCUUAAAUCUGAUGGACCAUCUAUAGUCAUCAUGCGUAUGUCCUGUGUAACAAGGCUUCGUGUUUGUUAAAUACUCAAUGUGAUAUAUCAAUAUGUAUUAAAUAUUGAACAUUGCAUAGAUUGUUUCCAUUACGUCACGUAAGGUGUCCGAUGAGGUUUACUCAAUCAGUGUUUGUGACUAUGUAGCUUGUAGAUACGAUAUAUUUGUCCAAGUAUUGUCAAAGACAAUUGUCAAGAAACUAUAUUUGUUGAACCUUCGGUUUGUCGUUAUCGCCGACCGUGUGUGUACCGAAGAAAAACCGUCAAGAAACUCAUUAAAUAGUUUAUUUCAUCCAAAUACUUAAUAAAUUAAUACUUUCUUACGUCUGUAUGUGCAUUGUGUCUUAUAGCCAUCGAAUGAGCUUCACGCUUGUUCUAAUUGUGUGCGUCGAUAUAUGAAUGUACAUUGUCUGCUGAACGUUGUAAUGUUUUAGGUAUUCCAUUACUGGUCCGCAGUCUUAAUUGAAAUAUUUGUCAUCUGUGUGUGAUAUAGUUCCACAAUGCACCGUCAGAUGUUCAUUAUGCUUGUCUCCUGCAGUUGUGUGCGUCAACAUUACGUAUUGUAUGUCCGUAUUGUGCGAGUGUUGGUCAGGUUUAGUGCACGGGCUGUGUGCUCGUUUCAUAUUAUCCAAAGACCGAAUAAUUCGUGUCAUCCAAACUUCACAAAGCUGAAUGUUGUCCUCUGUCUGUGUCUUGUGUCUUAUAGCCAUCGAAUGAGCUUCACGCUUGUUCUAAUUGUGUGCGUCGAUAUAUGACUCAGUAAUUAUUUAUCUAAUUAUUACUUUUUCAAUCGCAGUUGAUUGCACGUCCAUUUGUAUUUCGAUACAAUUCUCUAUAAGUCAGCUAAUGACACUUAUGGAGUGGACAGUCCACGAUAUCAUGUCACUGUUUGCGAUUCUGAUUAUAAUUCUACAGAUUUGGGAAAUGGUAUCCCAUGUGUUAUAUUAACAGGUUUAAUGUGGCAUGUUGAUAAUUAUGUUCCUAUAUCCGAAUAGUUGGUAGUCUAAUAAAGGACUACUAACAAAUGAUUCCUUCGUAUUUACAUAAUGUGAAUAAUUUCUAAUGUUGUAUAGAAGACAACCGUCAAGAAACUCGUUGAGCAGUCUAUGAAUUUAAAAAUCAUGUUGGGGUUUUUCGUUUUGAGGAUAAAAUUUGCGUCAAAAGGAUUAAACACAAAACAGAUAUAGAUAUAAAACUAACAGAAGUAUAAUGUUGUAUAUACGCCUGGAUGCGUACAUCUCAGGAACUCCCUCCUUGUUAUCGAGACGGAAUGUUGAAUAUUCCAUGUCCGAUCAUCUGUGUUUGUUCUAAUUGUGUGCGUCGAUAUUUGUCGCGUGAAUUAUAUUGUGGUUUAAUCAAUAACUCAUUUCGGUUGUAUUUUUGGUAAUAUACCAGUAUAGUACUUAAAAUAAUUUGUAUCUGGGAUACAGUCAAAGUGGUCAUUGUACCUGGAGCAUUCAUAUUGAAAUCUAUACUAAUAUUAUAAAGCUGAAGAGUUUGUUUGUUUGUUUGUUUGUUUGAACGCGCUAAUCUCCGAAAGUACUGGUCCGAAUUGAAUAAUUCUUUUUGUGUUUGAUAGUGCAUUUAUCGAGGAAGGCUAUAAAACAUCACGCUAUGACCAAUAGGAGCCGAGCAGAGCGGGUGAAACUGCGCGGAAGUAGCUAGUGUUUCAUAUUUAAUGGAAUGUAUAAAUAUACGUUCCUAUGUGUAAACGGUAUUGUAAACGGCUGCUGACUAACGUGUCCGUCGCAUUGGAGUAUUAACUGUAAAUCGAAUGAAUUUUAUAAAUAAUGCUUCAUUCGAUCGUCGCGUCGUCGAUAUUUGCAGCACGAAUACUGUCUUUAUCUAUGUCGUCUCACUCAUGUCCAUGUCUUGUGUCCGACAGCUCAUUAAUCUUUGUAUUCCUAUAAUCAACCGUUUCAUGCGAAAUAUUUGUUCACAAGUAAAGUGGAACAUUGCAGUUCCCACAAUGAAGUCCUCACACUCUUGUAAGAGUUACAUCAAAGACAACCGUCAAGAAACUCGUUGUUCUAGAAGCCGGCAAUCUUAAUCCGGUACCAAUUUUUUGUAUUAAAAAUAUUUCCCCACUUAGAAAGUCAUUGAAGUGGUCGCUCCGUGUGUACUGCGGAAUGUACAUGAUUUAACGUCUGGGUUGACUUCGAUCCUCCAUCUCCGGAACUAACCGCCUAUAGUGAUAUUUAAGAACAAUUUGUCGUUCUAUGUGGUAAUUCCAUUUUAUAUAACUCAGUAUUUCCAAGUAGUUUGUAGUCUCACCAACAACUACUCUUUAAUAUUUCCCACUUAUGUUUAAAACAUAAGAAUUGUGUCGAAGACAACCAUUAAGAAACUCCUUAAAUAAUCUACAUUGUAGGGUUACUUGUAUUUUCCCUCAUUUCAUGAUUGAAAUAUUGUAAAAGAGUUGUAUCGAAGACAACUAUCAAGAAACUUCAUUGUAUUGUUAUGUAAAUCAUCGCUAGCGACAUAUUUCUGUCCUUGUCAUUAUGUGAAUGACGUUACUGAAAUGUCAUUUGAUUUUUCUUUUGUAGAUUAUUAUAAUUUUUUUGAGUGGGCAAUACCAUCCAAUGACUUCUCCCGCCGGAGAUCGUCGCGUGACCCCCGAAGCUUGGAGUGUCUCUCGCGACGGCUGGGGCGUGAGGAGGGGCGUUCGUUCCCUCACGCGCCCCGCCUCCUCCUUAGCUAGCGUAAUAGUGUAGAUGGGGCGGAGUUUACGCACACAUUUUGAAAUAUAUUUAAAUACAAUAGUCCCCUCUAUUGGACACUGUGCCCGCUUCAGGCGCACUUCCCCUACGGUUGUUAAUGUUCUAUGAGUGUUGCAUGUUAGGUUGUGUCGAAGACAACCGUCAAGAAACUUAUUGGAUAGACUAUGAGAUACAUAAAGUGUAUACAUCAUAUGUACGGUGUUUCCUGCUAGUAUUAACUUAGUACUACAUAUUUCAUGGUCAAUGUAUUGCAUGCAAACGACAUAAAAUCCUGUAUAGUCCACUCUAAAUUCCUAAUGUAUGCCGAUGAUAUUAAAAUCUAUAAGGCUUGUACGACCAUUCAAGACUGCUUACUGCUUCAAGAGGAUUUAUGCAGACUUUCACAGUAUUGUCUUGUCAAUAAACUACAUCUUAGUCUUCCUAAAUGUUUUUUUAUAUCUUUCACUAAAAACAAAAUAUCAAUUAAUUUCCAGUAUACUCUGAACAACACAAAAUUAAAUAAAACUGAGUGUGCACGUGAUCUUGGCGUAUUACUGGACUGUAAAUUACAUUUGGAUGCCCAUGUCGACAACAGAGUUAACAAAGCCUUACAGAUGUAUGGUUUUGUCAUGCGUUCAUGUAGGGACUUCAGGAAACCUUCCACUUACCUCUUUCUAUUUAAAACACUUAUCCGUUCCCAGUUAGAAUACGCAGUACCCAUAUGGUGUCCUUUUUAUGAGAAAUAUAAAAAUGCCAUAGAAAUGGUACAAAAAAGGUUUCUUCGUGCUACCCACUACAAGUGUUUUCGUAAUAAGAUAUCCUAUACAGAUUUGUUAAAAUAUUAUAAGAUAUUGAGCUUGGAUUCCAGACGUUCUUUGCUCAUGGUUAUGAUGCUAUAUGGUAUAUGCAACAACAAAUUUAACUGUAUUGAACUCUCCAACGAGCUAUGUUAUGUAGUACCUAGAAUUAUUGUCCAGCGGGAGGUGCGUGUACCUCAAUUGUUCUAUACUGCACGUUGCAGAACGAAUGCUGGGGUUCGCGCACCUCUCCGUCAAUUGGUGGCAACCUAUAACUCACACUUUAUAGACUUAGACAUUUUCGCGCUUUCACAAUCUAAUUUUAGAAAAAUGGCUUGUCAAUUGCUGGCUGAUCGCCCUUAAACCUGGUAUGUAAAUACUUCUUAUGUAUAUACUCCACUCUGAAUCAUUGUAAGACCAUUUAUAAACUCGUAUACCUAAUUAUUUUUGUUUGACACGCGUCCGUUAUCAUAUUUCAAGUGUAAUUACGUGGACAAUGGUGUGGGUUAUACGUUUUUUACAACUAUGAUAAAACUAUUGUUACUAAUUCUGUACUGUAUAACUGUUUUUUGUCCCAAAUAAAUAAAAUAAAAUUAGAAAAUUAAUUUAGAAAUUAGAACAUUUUCCAAAUGUUUACCUACUAUCGAAUACAACAAUCAAGAAACUCAUUGUUAUUGUAUUGAAAUGCAUGUAUUAAUUAUUCAUUGCGUUCAUGUAAAUUGUAAAACCAAUCAUUUUUCUAAAUAAUGUUUAAUGUCUGAGAAGGAAGCACUACAUUCAGGCACCAGAGGUGUUAGUUAAGAAUAAAUGAUAUAAAAUGAAAUGAAAUCUAUAACAAUUACAUAAUGUGUCAGUAUUUCUAAACAGUUGGUAGUUAACUGCCACUUACAAAAUAAUAUGUUACUUUCGUGUUCAUAUAAUACGAAUAUUGUCUAAAGUUGUAUCGAAUACAACCGUCAAGAAACACAAUUGUCCUUAAUGUUAUAUUGUAGGUAGUGGAUGUAUACUGUUUCCGCGUCAGUCUGCUCUGGUCCACUGCUGGACAUGGACAUACAUUUUGUCGUCACAUUGAAUCGUUUGUAUUCCAAUAUGAAUGUAUUAACAUUUGACUCCACACACGAGGCGAUGUGUACUGUCACCGCACUUUAAAUGUUAUUAAAGUGUCGUCCUAUGUGGAACUACAAUCUGAUUAUCUAUUGGAUAAAGAAUUUAGGAUUAAAUAUUGAAACAUUCCUUGUCUAUGGGGGGAUCUGUAUCUGUACAUUCAGGCGCUCGAUAAUAUUCACAUCGAUUGUUCUAAAUCAAUAUUGAAAUUGUAAAUGUCUCCAAAUGCCUUAAGGUAAGGCACACAUGCAUUCUGUGUUUACAUAAUAAGAAGUAUUUAUCAGUCUUGUAUCGAAGACAACCGUCAAGAAACUCAUUGUUGAAACCAGUUUCCAAGUUAAAUCUAUAUGCUCUUUAAACGCGUUGUGUUAAUCGCAAUAUUUAUUUAUUUAGUACUAUUACUGAAGUAUUGUAUGAAGUUUUAUCGAAACUUCAAUGUGGACAUCUCUACAUGUUAUUGGGGGCUAUACUUGUUCUAAUUGUGUGCGUCGAUAUUUGUCGCGUGAAUUAUAUUGUCUUCAUCUAUCUCCGUUGAUUUCCUCUGGAUCGUACCAAAGUAAAACAGUUAACUUAUGUAAUGAUCGCUACAUGUUUCAUGAUUAAAAUGUUUAUAUUAUAUGUUUAUCGGAGAACAACCGCCAAGAAACUAGUUGAGAAAGCAUUUUUCUAAGUCUAAAUAUAUAUGUAUGUGGUGUGCAUUCACAAUUUCAAGAAUCAACAAUUAACGAAUCAAAAAUAACUAAGUGGGAACGCUUAGUACCAUUUGUCGUUCCACGUGAUUAUUCUUAUCAAUAUUUAAACUGAUAAUGAAACAUACAUUACAUUUUGAAAGUUCCACGUCAGACUGACCCUAAUAAUAGUUUGCAGUCUCAAAUGUAUUUAAAUAAUACGAAACUUUACAAGUUGUAUCGAAGACAACCGUCAAGAAACUAGUUCCGUCGUCGACAUGUUUACACCAUCAGCCUGUAAUUGUCCCACUGCUGAGAAAAGGCCUCUUCUCAUACAGAGAAGGAAUGAGAAAUAAUCCUACGCUUGCUCAAGGCGGAUUAGUGAUUCCAAACUGGUAAUUUAUAAAUUAUGUUUCACUGGAACUUACUUCUCGUAAUUAUUAUUUGGAAAAUGUUGUCCUCCGUCAGUUAUACGAGUAUUAACAUCAAAUGAGCUGUAUGCUUGUUCUAGUUGUGUGCGUCGAUAUUUGACGCUUGAAAUUGUAUUGAAAAUAUCAAAAAUUCGGAUGCUGCGAUAUCCACUGUCUCGUUUGUAGACAAAUUAUAUUAUUAGGUACUUGACUUUGUUCCUCUUUGUAAAUGACGUGAUAUUUAAAAAACAAUUUCCCCACAAUGGAACUAUUUGUCGUUCUAUGUGGUAAUUCUAUAUUAUACUAGCUGACCCAGCGAACUUCGUACCGCUUUCGCGUAGCAAUGAUGCUCUACAUUAUUUUGUAUAGCUGAGCUAUGUAUGAGUCCCUAUUCAAUUUGAACUGGAAUCUAUAAUAUCCUCCAUAUAAAAAUGAAUCCAUCAUUUCCUGAUCUCACUAUAGCUGAAAAGGACUUUACUAAUUAAAAAAAAAAAAACAAAAUAUAUUAAUUUCAUAAUAGUGUUUAUUUCAUAGGAUUCAAUAAUUUCACCGUCCUGCAGGCGCCUUAUCGGUUCUGAUGACAAUUUUGUGAUUAUCUGAUGGCAUGCGGUCUAAUGCAUUUGUGAAUAAUGCAACUAAUUCAUUGUGUUGAUGGAAACAUGUUUGAAGUUGUUCAUCACAAUGGAUCUUUUUACUGAGUUGUUGUGUGCGCAACGCUGAUCGACUUCUCUUGCUAAAGUGUCCAUAAAUAUAUUUGCAAAAAUGUACAGUCUUCAACAGGCACUGGCAAUAAAAAACAUGUUUGAUGAUAUAUUUGAAUCCCUGAAUCUGUAAGAAUAUAAAUAUGUAUAUAGGUAAUUGUAUAGCAAAUUGUACCACCAUACUUUACAUCAUUUCAAAUUAAAACUACUUUUAACCUCGACAUUAAACAGCCUUCCACGGCAGCUUUAGGUAGUAGGCUUUACCAAGAACACCUUGCUCAUGCCACUAUAAAAUACAACUUGUUAUAAAAUGUUGCUGAUUAAGUCUUCGGAUUAUAGACUAUUAUUAUGUAUUUGACUAAUGACUUAUUGUUUACAAAAUAAACACAUCAUUGACUCGACAUAUUUUGCACCAGCUACAUGGUUUUAAAACUAAAAAAAAACGUUUGCUAUUAUACUUACUUGCUAAAAGUAGGCAAAAAUUGUCUCGUAUAACUUUUGUUGCCCCAAAUGAUGUCAUUUGAAAGCAAUUAUUGUACUGUUGGAUAUGAGUAAAAAAAUGAACCAAUGAAUGUAGUGGCUCUGGUGGCGGUACCAAUGGCGUCAAUUUGACUUGGCCGCUGGCGCAACACAAUCCAGAGGCUUCAUUUUUGAAUUUCAAUCCCAAUGUGGACACACAAUGUUCAUUAGUCCAAUAGCAACAAUUUGCUCUGAACUGUAAUCAAUUGCCACAUUAUAACUGAAUGCAGCUUUGUGGGGAUUAAACACAACAUUUCUAUCUUGAUAUUGAUUCAGUUCAAGUUCAUUUCGCGCUUCGCGUUGCUCAUCAGUUUGAUUUGCUCUUAUAUUUCUUUGACUUGCCGUAUUUCGAGUUCUGCGGUCUAAGCUUGUACGU